UGUCAUCAUCAUAGAAAUAAUAUUAUAGUUUUAUUUCUAUGGUCAUCAUUAUCGAAAGUAUACAGUGGUGGAAAAAAGUAUGGAAUAUUUUUAAUAUUUGGAUUUUAGGCCCCUAACAAUUUUUAAAACUUUUGUUAUUUGGUUACAAGAAAUCUUGUUUAAUUAUAAUGUGUAGCGUACUAUUUAAUUGCUGCAUAUCAUUGUUUUGUUUGUUUUUUUUUAUCUUCUGAGUUUUUGCUUGGAAAAAAGUAUGGAAUAAUCUUUCAAUUGCGACCAGUUUUGCAUUAGUUCUUAAUAUUUUCGCACAAUUCUAGUUUCAGCAUGUUAUUUUGGUCAAAUAGCUGGAAUUUGCUAAAUGCCAAAACAUUUUGAAGAAGAAUCAUAUUAUUUUUAUAAUAAUUAAAAAAUGGAUUUUACCUUUGAAUCUUACCAAAAUAUACCUAAUGAUGAAAAUUUAGCUAAUCUAUUAAGUUUAUUCAAUACUUCCACCAAGGAUGUUGAAUUUAAGGAUUUAAUAGACAAAUUGUAUUUAAUUUACCAUGAAUCUAAUAAAUCCAAGAAAAAGGAGGCUAGAAACCUAAUUUUGGAACAGUUUUAUGCAUUUAGUUCCAAAAAGAACAUAAAGAAAUGUAUAUUGGACAAAACCAACAAAAUAAAUGUUAAUGAUUUUGUGAUAGAUGCUGUUAAUGAUAUACAAUUAACAAUAAAGAAUGAAAAAAAAUGUAACAUGAAACAUUUUACCCAACUUCAGCAAUUUUUGUAUGGAAUUCAAAAUAUAAAGAAAGAUAAUGAAUUUAUAUUGAAGACAUUGCUUCCAUUAUACCAUACCAUUUUUAUUGGGUUUUUAGCACAAGCAAGAUUAAAUUUUCCUGCCAUUGCCUGUUAUGAGGAAUUAAUGCAGCUUAUAAAUCUUAUAUUCAAGCAAAUUUUGUCAGGGUUUGCAAAGAGAGAUACUUUUAAAAACAAUGUUUUGGAAGAAUAUUCUAUUGACUUUAUUAAACUCUCCCAUGAAGUUUUAAGCCUUGAAAUUGUCAGUUAUGAUGUUAAGACCAAAUGUGGUUUAAUUUUAGGACAUUCCUUGAUGAUUUUAACACAAGAGGAACUGGAUGAAUUUAAGCACAAAAAAUAUCCAGUUUUGGAACUAAUGGAAAAUAAUUGUGAAGAAAGAUGGAUUCCUUUAAAAAAAUGUGUUUUAAAAAAUAUUUUGUCAAAUGAUAGUAUCAAAGUUAUUAUUUAUUCAGCUAUUUUUAAUGUGAUACCCACAAAUGAAUUACUGAAUAUCCAAGUUCAUUCUAAAAACUUAGUUACCAUUCUAUAUGAAGAGUUGAUUAAAUGCUCAAAAAGGACAACCUCAAAUCCACCUCAAAUAGUGGAAGUUAGUAGAAUCCUUAGUAUGAUUGGAAAAAACUUAAAAUCCAUACCCAUGGACUUUACAAAAAAUAUAUUUGAGCAAGGUUUGGAGUUUGUUUGGUCUCAUAUUGAUCAUUUUGUUGAUACAGUAAGAAGUUACACCAAAUUAAUUUGUGGAGAUUUAGUUGAGUUGGCUUAUUUGCAAAAAAACAAUGUUUCCAGUGGAUGCUUGGAUAUUUUAUUGCAUAAUAUAAAUUCAACAUCUAAAUCUCAUACAGUAUGGUUUGUAGCAAUAGAACAAGUUGCUAAACAUUUUGGUUGUGAUUUUGUAUUUAAAACAUAUCCACUAUUUCAAUCUAGUAUUUUGAGCAGCCUAAAGUGUACCAAUAAGGAUUUAGCCUGUAAAACAUAUAUAUCUCUAAUGGAACAGCAUUUCAAAGAAACUGAUAAAGAUAAUUGGUUUAAAAUAUGGAUAUUACCACUAACCAAUUUAUUAAAUGAAGACUCUGGUGCCACAAUUCAUUAUCAAAAUAUAUUAACAAUCAGCUUUAAAAUUAAUCCAUUAGUCAUUCGAAAGCUUUAUGGUUUUAAUAUUAAGGAAAAACAGCAUCCAAAUUACUCAUAUUAUAAAUGUUUAUCAAAUAAAGCACAAAGUUGUGUGAUGUUAAAAAUCCUUAAACUUGCAAGAAGUUCAAAUGUUGCAGUGCCUGAAGAAGAUGACGACAACUUUUGGAGAGGUUUAAUAGACAAAAACCUCUUAAAUUUGUACAAAGUGCAUCAGGAUGAUGAGAUUAGAAUUUCUGUUUUGGGCGUCAUUGUUGAAAGUCAAAAAAGUACGGAAUUGUUUCUAGAAUGGGAGUUUGACUUUUUACUGAGCUAUUUAUUUUACAACAUUUCAUCUCAAGUGCCCCAUAUCAGAAAAGAGACUAUAACUUACUACAAGCAUGCAUUGGCAAGAUAUGAGGCAAGUUACAAUGUUAUACAAAGGAACAUUAAAAAAAUCUACGGAUAUAAUGAAAAAGCUAAAUAUUACACGAAAUUUUUAAAAUCAUUUACAAAACUAUUAAUAGGAAAUCUGGCAAGAGAUGCCAAUUAUCCUAGAAGAUGUGCAUCACUGGAACUUCUUCUACUGGCUGAACCUAUAUUAAAAGAUGAUUGGAUUGGCUGUUGGAAUAAAGAUGCUGUUUUUAAUUUACAAAAUAUACUUUAUGAUAGUUAUGAGGGUAACAAAAAGAUGGCUGUCGCUAUUUUACAUAAACUUUCUCCAACCUUGAUGGGAUUUAAUGAUGAGACAUACACAAAACAAUAUUUAGCAAACUCCAUUAGCAUGGCACAAGACAUUAAACCAAGCAAAACCCUUUCAGCCGCUUAUCAUUUUCAAGUUUGUACAUUAUCCCCUUAUUUUGAAGUUACAGCAAAAGAAUAUUUGCAAAACUCAGUAGAACUGGAUAAUUUCGACUACAUUAUUUUGUGCAUUUUGACAGAGAUGCUUGAAAAACAAAGAAACAAAGUUAUUGUUAUGGAAAAUCUGAAAACCUCUCAGUAUGGAAUAAUAUUAAGUAUAAAUUAUUUGUUAAAAAACAGAAACAUACACGAGAGUAACAAAGAAUUUAGUGUGUUAUUCCAAAGACUUGUCGAUGUUUGCCUGCAAAUGAAAAACAACAUUAUGCCGGUGGUAUGCAAUUCUUCUCCUGAAGGAUAUUUGCCUGAUAACGCCGAUUUGGAAAUAGACGAAUCAUCACUGGCUCAAAUGGUAUUGGUUUAUGCUUGGAGAACUAUGAAAGAACUGACAUUGCUAUUGGCGGAAAUUGUCAGACAAUGUAUUAAAUUAGAGGAACAAAUAAGUAUGCUAAAAGAGGAAGUACUUACUUUAAUUGGACAGUUUUUUUUCAAUAUAUUUAUUGAGAGCAAGCAUAGAGGUGUUUUUGAACAGGCGUAUGUGGGGUUUUCCAUUAUUUCACAGGCUUUUUGGAUAUCAAGAAAUCAACAUCUAUCAAGUCUGCCGAAAUUGUGGCUAAAAGAGGCUUUGCAUUUAUCUGUGGGAAUAAAGGAAUCUGACAAAUUAUGCGCUACCAGACGCAGUGCUGGUUUACCGUUUUUAAUUCUAUCGAUAGUGAGUACCGACCCGUCCUAUAACCAAAUUUCUUUUCAUAGUACCAUGAAAACAUUACUGGAUUUUUUAAACAAUACUAAAGAAAGCAACAACGAGUAUAAAAUGCAUUGUCUUAACAUUUUGAGAGCCUUAUUUAGACAUAGCAAAUUGGGGGACCUGGUUUCUUCCUAUGUUGGACAGGCAGUUAUAGUUGCCAUUACAGGUUUUAAAAGUAAAAUAUGGGGGAUAAGAAAUUCCUCAACUUUGCUUUACUCAGCAUUGUUAACCAGAAUGUUUGGAGUGCAAAGAACACAAGACUCGGAAGAUGUUACAAUGAAAAACCGACUUACAGUAAGAGUAUUCUUCAUGAGAUAUCCUGAACUCUUUCAAUUUAUAUUGGAAACUCUAUCUAAUGAAUGUGAAAAGUCAGACAGUUUAGUUUUACAUCCUGUUUUGGUAAUUUUGGCCAGGUUGUACCCUUCACACAUAGAGGAAUACAACUCACAGAUUGAACAAUAUAUUCCAUUUAUUUCAACUUGUUUGGCAAAUUCUGUUUAUAAAACGAGAGAACUUGCAGCAAGAGCCUCAGUAGGUCUGAUUUGUAAAGAAAACCUUAUAAGAACAAUUGAAAAUUGCCUUUCAGAAAUUAAAAAGGCGGAAAAUGAUAAUAUAACCCAUGGUUAUUUAUUACAAGUUUUUCAUUUAAUAAAAUUGGAUAAUCUACCGGAGAAUUUACCCAUUGAUAUUUGUAUUGGAAAAAGUUUAAUUAUGAUAGAAAAUGUAGGAACCAAGUAUUCUCAUUUGUCCCUAACUUUGCUCUUAGAAAUUAUUUUAAAACUAUUAAAAAGAUAUCCACAAUAUGACAACCAACCACUUUUUGAAAAACUUCUUGGGCUUCUGGAUUACAAAAUUUUUUAUAAUAGUUCUUUAAUAACCACAGAAAAUGGCCUUUUUCAAGCAGUAACAAGUUUAACCAUAUAUUUGCUAUUGAAAAAAAUUAAAAUCAAUGAUUCCACAUUUGAAAAAAUAUCAAACCAAAUCAUAUUAGAUAAUUUAUUCAGUCUAAAUAUUUACAGAAAACAAUAUUGUCAAUAUUUCUUAAUUGCCAUUAAUCAUGCUUAUUAUAGUCAUGUUUGUCAACAAUCAAUAUUACAAACUGGAGAACUUUCGAUACCGCAAGAUAUUCAGAAAAUAGUAGAUAUGAUGGAUAAAAAAUGCUUACAAAGUAUAUUGUUGAGUUCCCACAAACACCUAAGGCACUACUUUUGCAACAAAUUUAACCCAAAUUGGCCCAAAAACUGUUUAAGUUUUACAUUACUAAACUACUAUCCCUGUUUAAUAAAAUCAAUUUAUCAAGAAAAACAAAAAACCGUAGACUACUUUGUGGGUAUUUGUCAAAGUGAAAACGAUGAACUAAUAGGUCCCGUCAUAAGCUGCAUUGCCACAUUGCUGAGUAAUUUAAGUCAUAAUGUGUUAAAGAGCUUGGACUACAAUGGUAUUACCGAUGUACUUAUGCAGUCAGCUUCGCCAGCUGCAAGUGUCAGUAGACGGUUAGCGGUGUGUCAAUUUUUGACGAAGAUGAGUUCACUUUUUAUUUAUGUAGAAGAACCAAUUUUACAAAAUGAUAAUUUAAUUAAUGUUUUCAAUAUUUUAAUGGUGCUUUUGGAAGAUGAUGAUUGUGAUGUUAGAAAUGGAUUAAGCAAUUUGUUUUUAAAAUCCAAUGUGAAUAAGAAAUUUUCAAUAUUAUUUAACUUAAACCCAUUGACACCUGAAAAAAUAAAGGAGGAUGUUUUAAAUUUAACAACAAAACUUUUACCUAAACAAUGCGCCAUAAACUUCCUUUUUUCUUGGUCCUGUAGACAUUUUCCAGAAGAGUCAACCGAUACAUCAGAGAUAUUUGAAAGAGGAGAGCUAAAUUUGUAUGCUGAAAAUAUUUUUACCAGUGAUAUAAGCAAGGAACUUUUAAAAAGCCUUUUAGGAAAAAAUAUUGACAAUGAAAUUAAUAAUAUGUAUUCAGUAACUACAUUAUUAUUAGAUUCAUUAAAAACUUAUUCUUCUCCAAUGAUGUCCGUAUUAACAAAAAACAGCAUUAUAAAUGUUUUAUUGUUAAUUAGGACAUUUUUAAAAGAAUGUUUUUCAGAAACAGAAUUUUUAAGUUACUAUAUGAACACUGUUGUUCUUUAUAUAAGAAAAAACCUAAAUCACAGCGAAUUUCAUCUUGUUAAAAAGGUAUUUGAUGCAAUUUAUUUAUAAUUCAUAAAUAAAAAUUCUUACAUUUAUAAGUAAAUUAUAUUUUACAAAAUAAAAUAUAUACAAAAUAAUAAGUUAUUACAAUUAGUUUUAUUCCAUUGGCUAAUUUAAGUUUAAAAGCACAAACAAUUAAUGGGCGAUUAUACUUAAGUCAAAAUGAUGCAAACACUUUUCAAAACUAAAAUCCUUUUUUUGAUCGGACUGGAAGAAGAGAGUCUUUGGCAUAAUUGAAAAAUGUUAGAAGUCCAUAUUUCUUGUUUUUCUUUGAAAAGUAGUUUGAAACUACAUCCACAUCU